UAUAUACUCCUGCAAUUCAUUUCCCUAUACACUCAACUCAAGAAAUCGAUUAUCUGUAAUCAGUAAAUCCCAUAAAAAAUGGCACCGAAAAUGGUGACCAAUUUUCGCAGAUCGCUUUCAUUCCCAAAUCCUCCCUCCCAUACUUCAUCUAAACCCGAGAAGACUUUCCAUGUCAGAUCCACAAGCCUACCGUGCCGAUCACACCCCAUUAUUUCCCAGCUCAGGGACGAAAUAGCCGAGCUCAAUUCGUGGUCCGUGUCGGAGUCCGGCUGCCGCACCUCCGCUUGGCUGUGCGACGGUUUGCGCCGCCUGAAGACAGUCCAUGAGUCGCUCGACGAUCUCCUCCAUCUACCCCAGACUCGUGAAUCUCUCCGGGGAGGCGAGUACUCUAACCUGAUCGAGAAGCUUCUGGAAGACUUCCUCCGAUUCGUCGACGUCUACGGAAUGUUCCAGACGCUGGUUUUGAGAUUGAAAGAGGAGUACUCGGCGGCCCAAAUUGCCUUCAGGAGAAAGGACGGUGUGAGGAUCGCUGUGCACUCGAAGAAUCUGAACAAAAUCGCCAAGGAAAUCGGUAAGCUCGCUUCAAAUCUCGCUUCCAUUGGGAAAUUAUCCACGGCUCCCGCGCGAGCACCGUACGACGACGAGGCCGAGCUCAUUGACGUCAUCAACGAUGUGCUCAAGGUGACGGUAUCAGUUUCCGGAUCUCUCUUCGGCGGGCUCUCGAAUUCGUCGGCGUUCCGUAAGCCAUCCUGCAUGGCGCUGAUGAAUUUCGGGAAGAAAACGAAAAACGUGAAAGUCGAAGGGGCAAUUCGAGAAUUCGAGGAGAUAAAUCUGGAGAAGUUGAGGAAGAAAGCAGAGGAAGAGGUGAAAAUGGCGUCUAAGAAAAUGCACGAAAUGGAGGACUGCAUCGUGGAGAUUGAAGGUUGCGCGGAGAGGGCGUUCCGGAGUUUGAUAAACACUAGGGUUUCGUUACUCAAUGUUCUUACACAAUAACCCCACAAAACAUCGAAAAUUACAUCUGAGUGUAUAUUUUAACUUUAUCGUAUACUUUUUCCCCCUUUAUUUUGCUAUUCUGAAAUUGAAGUAGUGAAAAUUGUGAACACAUAUAUCAGAAAACCAAAUUUUACAAUGUACAGUUGUGAUUUACUCGAAAA